CACCAAACCGUCAACAUUUGAAUCACGGUAAACACUUACAAAAAUAUGCCACUGAGCGCCUUUAGCCUCAACCACCAUUAAAUCAGUGUACUCGUAUGUAGUAAGAAAGAGUCCCCCAAACACAAUGGUUACAACAAGUACAACGAACAAUAACUUACACAUAAAUAACAAUGAAGAAUAUGACAUCGACCAGGAUGAUGGUAUGCAGGAUCUUGGUCUGCCGGUAUCAGUGCAGACCUUUCUGUGGCGUCAGAUUGCCCCUUUUAUAAGGCCGAAAUUGGGCAAACUCCAUGAAGCUAGUUGUAUGUUUUGUCAAAAUGCACCAGGACAUCAUGAAUCGAAAGAAGCUUGCAAGUCCUUUGAAAAAGUACUCGUCCAAAACAUUCAAUUCGGCUUGUCGCCACCGCUCACCAAAGCAUUGGGAGCCAUACCACGCUGGCGUCUGUUGCAAGCAGCGCUGCCACACGUAAUGCACUGUGUUGCCGCUUUGUUGCACAAUCGCGUCAAGGACAUGCAAGCGAUCGGGCCAGUCGAAACGAAAUUACUCUAUACUAUGCAAUGGAUAUUGCUCUAUGCCGCCGAGGAAUGUGCUGAUGACGAGGGAGGCAAUGAAAUUUUGGGUGAUGAUUCACCCAAGCAGAAAUCGAUAGAGCAAUAUUUGUUUUCCGUGCCCACAAUAACGCUCUUCGUUUAUUUGUUCGCACCCAUUAUACAUCACUUGAAAGAGUCAGAUUUCCAAAAUUUCCGCUUAGAAAAUGGCAUAAAAUUGUGGCAAGGUAUGUGGGAUAAUCGGGCACCGGGCGCGCCUUGCUUUACCGCGCCUGUAAAGCCAAAAGCGCGUAAUCUACUUUGUGCCCCCACACCGAAAGGAUCCACAGAUGUAUUUCCCGGACGUAAGCAAUCGUCCAACGUAGAUGUGGCAACCUCGCCGAAAGCAGAUUCUCCACAGAGUCAGCUAUCGGAGCAUACAAGGCAAGAUGAAGAUAAUUCGUGGGUGUCCUCGCCUAAAGAAUUCGCCUUUCCCGAAACCAUACCCGAGGAGGCCUCAAGUGUGGAAGAUGAACGUGUGGUAAUUUUUCGGCUACCCUCCGCACCACAUCUAAUGGACAACUCAUUUUUUACGGCCGACGCCAGUUUGCUGCAGCAACAGCAGUCGCAAAGUCGCCGCGGUAGUCGUCAAUCUGUACACUCACGCGACAAGGACAAUCCAGCCACGAAAUUUGAAUUCGAUCAACAAGAAUUGAUGCGCGGUGCAUCGUUAAAAGAGAAACGCAGCGCCUCCGUCGAGAAGGAGACGGAAUCGGAUAAAUCAGACAGUGUGCGGGUGGAUGUAUCGGCGGCCACAUUCCUCGACGUGGCCGUACUGCGUUGUCUAUUCAUUUCGCAUUGGCAGGAGGAGGGUAUUUUCUGGAGCUUACAGUACUUGUACAAUCGCUUAAGCGAAAUUGGUGAGGAGGCAGCCAUAACCUUGAAUCAGCCACGCAAGCGAUCCAAUUCGCUACCCAUACCACAAAUUGAGAUUUCCCUGUACCAAGGACCGGGUAGCAAUAGUCGCGAUAGUCCCAGUAGCUCCGUGGCAAAGGACUAUAUCGAGAUACCAGAACCAUCAAUAACAGCAUGCUUAGUUGAAGAGCCCAGUCCGACACCGGAGCGUCGUGGCAGCGAGAAGAAGAAACGCGUUAAAAUGGCAGAUUUGCGCGCCUUUGUUGAAACGAAAAUGUUCUCGAAAUCCGAGAAGAAUCUUGAAAAAGUAGGCCUAGAUACAAACUCUGUUAAUGGCAAGAGACCACUGCAACAUGCAGAAUAUCAUCGUAGUCUAGACACCGGCGAGAAAAAGCUAUCACGCUCAGCUUCCAUGAUUACCAGAGAGCCGGCCAGCAAUCUCAUCAAAGGAAAAUCAAUGCCGAGUUUGAGCUAUCAAUCGUCUGAAAGACAUGUUCAUAUCUUAUGUGAACGCAGAAAGUCAGAAGGGUCUGCACUUCUAACACGAGUGAAAAAUAAUGCCUCAACUCUACAAAAACUAUUUUACAGGUAUGUAGAGCCCCCGAAAGCGAUACGUCCCUCCCAAUCAACGGGCCCACGUUCGACGUUUUAUCCGCGCAACCCCAUAAUCACCGUAACAGAACAUACGCCUACGCCGUCACCAGAUUAUCUUAAGCGACAAGGCUCCAUUGACUCGCAGUUGGAUGCACUUAGUAAUGGAGGUAGUAUUAGCGGUGUGGCAGGUGGCACAAGUGGUAGCGGUGGCGGUGUUGGUGGCUCUGGUGCCACGACAAGUCGCUUCCGCGGCCAAAUGCUGCGCUCACACACCGACUCACACAUCGAUUACACUGGCGUAGACGAAUCAGAGGCACCCGGUAGCUCAUUUUACAUAACACGCGAUGGCGGCAUUGAUUACGAAAUUGUUUUGUUGGCGGUUUUUAAUAUCUUCAAACGUGAUAUGACCAUUUGUUCACAGCGUGUAUUGGAAGCGGGAUUGAAUAUUUGUGAAUUAUUGCUGGAAAUGGGCGUACUUAAGCUGGGUGAGCAUGCGCACGAGAUAUCGAUGGGUAUUAUAAAGCGCGCGCUGUUGAUACUUGGCUGUCACAAUGGUUGCAAUGAUGGCGUACGCGGCCCACCGGCAGAUUUCCUGCGCAGCCAAUGCCAAAAGAUACUUUCACGGAUACUACGGCAAGCUGGCCAACGCACUAAACGCUACCUGCAAGAAAUGGUUAAAACAUCCGACUUGCAUGAAUUAGUGGAUUUCUUCCAUGCUUUUGUGGCAUUUUGUGUGGACCCAAGUUCAUUAUUAUCACCACUGACACAUAAGCGCACGGGUGGAUUUAAAAAUGUUAACACCGAUACGUCCCCAUCAGGUGGCCAAGGCGGCUACUCGACAAAUUUUAGCGGCGGUCUCAGCGGCGGCCCGGAAUCACUGGUGAUUGCUGCCGUUUUCAAGCCGUUAGUUACGCGCUUUGUCGAAGCUAUUAAGGAUCUUAAAUCACCUGAGAACUCAACACUUUACAGCGAUAUACGUCAAUUAAUAACCUAUGUGAAGGGUGCGCAUGGUGGACCGUUUAGAUUGGUGGCAUUAAGUGGUAUACUGGCGGUGACACCACGGCCGCAUAAAAAGGGUCCGAUAGCACAAACAACCCGUGUUAUAAAACAUAUUCCACAAGCGGAGGUUGCUCAAAGUAUUCCUAAUGAUGAUAACCGCUCGCAGCGGCGGUUGUUGCUAAAAAAGCGUAGUACCUCAUCGGCUUGUGCUGUGAGCCUGCUAGAGACCGAACCCUGUGAAGAACAUUACAAAAGCAGUCAAUCGCCAUUGAGUAACUUUCGUCGACGCACCACCGGUGUGCGACCAACGCUUACACCGCGUCACAGCGAACGCGCAUUGCUCUCUGAUUCUACAUCAAGCUCGGAACGGAAUUCACUUGGUCGCUUGAGCGGUCUGGUGCGUUGGUUUCGCAGCACUCCGAAAGAAGCUUCAUCUAUUGACUUGGAAAUCGGUUCACUUAAUCCGGAAAUUACAUCAACUUUUAUUCGCCACGCUUCGUUGAAGAUACAAAGGGGCCGUACCAGCGACGGAAUUGGACGCUCAAUACAACGCGCUAAACGGCGUGUUGAACGACGCCUAAAUCGCUUUGGUGGUAUUGUUAAAGGUAAGAAGAAGGCUGGAGGAAUUGAGGAAGCCGCUGACUAUAGUCGACGCAGUUCUUCGGAUAUGUGUGAUGGUCCACGAGAGUCAGAAGUGGUAGUGUUGAAGGAGAGAAAAUUAAUACCGAUAGAACCAGUGCGACUAGGCAUGCUACGCUUGUCGUUUUUGCUCGAAACCUGCGCGCCAGGUUCAUUUCCCGACCCACAGCUGAUUGCAGCUGUACUAGACUUACCUCAAGCACCACUUGUAGCACGCGCCACCUUCUUGCUGGAAUGCGCGCACUUUGUACAUCUCUGCAACAAGGGUCAAUGGCCACCUUGGAUGAAACACAAUCUGAGCGCUUAUCGACCCUCAGGCACCAAUCUCAAUCUGAAUCAGAUUAAACAUCAAACUACCGCGACUAGCACACGCCGUACACAUAUUUUACAACGUGCUGCUGGCAAAAUGUUUCACCAGUGGGCCGAGAUGUUGGGUGCUCGUCUUGAGGAGAUUAUCUUUACCGAACGUUUACAAUUUGAAUCAGUGAAUGCUACACUCGCCGACCCAGAGCGUCAACGUGAACUAUUGCAACAAGACGAAGAAGAGGAUUUUCUGGACGAGGCAUCGGUUAAUCCGCAUGGUAAUGAUUGUCCGCAUGCGCUAAAAUUGAUCGCCUGUGUCUUGCUCUACGAAAUCACAGCAUUCUUGCGUGACACUUAUGUGCUCCUGCCCAAAACUUCAAAAUUGCUACAUCGAGAGAAACACGCACCUUGGGAGAAGGUAUAUCGCGAAGCUAAUCGUCGCUGGUCUAUGGCGCUAAGUUCGAUGGGCCACUCCCAAACAUCGGCCCAAAGUUUGCAGUCCAUUGCUGCCGGCAAUGACACAGUGGGAGGUCAAACUGAGCGAAAGAUUUCUUUUGUAUUACACGAGCCGGAUAAUGAGUCAGAAAAUAGUAGCAAUACCACACUGACGAAAGAAGGUGAAGAAGCUCGUCGUCCAAUAGCUUCCGCCGUGCGGCCGUUCCUUUUGCGUCGUGGUACGGCCACAACAACGGGCGGAUCAUUUAAGCGUCGAUCUUUGAAGCUGCGUCGUAACACUAAAGAUGGCAAAGAUUUGGAGACCGAUUUCAAGCGCGUCGAUUCCAUACAGUCUCGUCGCAAAGUUUCAUCGCUCUCUGAUCGCAGCGACACUUCCGAGCAAGGUAUGGUCAGUGGUGAGGAAUCACCAGGAAUACUAAGUGAUGAUCAACAACCAGAAUCACCAACAGACUCAAAUGAAACCGAUGACACUGCCAAAAAUAUGCCCUGGCUUAAAGCAGUCAUUGAUCUUAUCACCAGCUACAACUACUAUUGUCCACACAAGGGAUACUGUCAUCCGUAUUGCUAUAAAAGACAUAUGCGUUCCUGCACACGUUUGAUUAAGGCAACACGAAAGGUCUAUGGCGAAGAAUUUGGCUUUACCUUCGACAUUGAACAUCCCACCGUAGAGCCAACCGCGUCCGUAAGUGCCACAUCUAAGUCGCAUCAAACGCGCCCACGUUCAGCACGAAAGGUAUCCGAACAAAGUUCUACACACACGUCGCCAUCUAAGCGCAAGGAUAGUAUAUCGCGGCGUGAUCGUAUUAGCGACGACCCCGAUAUAGAGAUUGCGGAGAAGCUAGCUGAUACCUUUCAUAAGGAAAAGGAGAAAAAGGAUCAGGACGAACCGGCCAUACUGAAGUAUCAACGCUUCUAUAUACGUACGCUAUUCCAUUAUCCCUUCGCCACGAUGCUUAAAGGCGCAGUCAUACUGACUGAAGAAAUGGUUAUUGAAGCAAUGCCUGCUGCUUGGGAACUGCUGCUUGAUACGAAUCAAGACACCGCUUCAGCGAGCGCUGCUGUCUUUCUAAUGGGUUCGGUAAAGGCACAAAAUUUCGCCUUUGACAUAAUGCAACGCGCUUUGAAGAGCAAGGACCCAGAUGUGCGCAUUGGCGCUGUGCAGAGAUAUCUGGUGCUUUGGAAGAGUCGCUUCCAUGUUUGGCCGCGUAUGGAAGAAAACGCUCACGAUCUAACCUUCAAGGUACCACCUGGCGGCAUUGAAUUUACGCUGCCGUCUCCCAAAAUUGGCAUCGAAAGCUUACCGGUCGUCGAUCCGCCUUGGAUGCCUGUGCAACAGACUAAAGAUAUGGAUGUGACGCUCAAUCAAGAUAGGCACCGUUCUCUGGUUACUGCAACGAAGAGUCGCAAAAUGCAACAAACAGAAGCUAUACGAAAUGCUUUACGCCAACAACGCGACAAACAACGCGCUGAGCGACAUAGUUUCCUCAUCACUACCAUACCGAUCAGUCAGCAGGCAUCCCACGAGCCAGGCAUGGAACAUGAAGAUCAUGAGGGUGAGGAGGACUUGGAUGGCACGCGUAUACAUUUGCAUCAUGCGCAUUCGCUAUUUCCAUCGGUGCUUUGUUCGUCGGUUAUGCAAAUUGUGGGUUGCUUGGAUGAUGCGGCCAUCGGCACUGAUGGAAAUGCUGUCUAUGAAAUUGCCUAUCAGGCCAUCUGGGUAUGUCUAGUAGAAGAGUCCGCUCUCUUCCUGCGCUACGUAUUUGAACGCUUAACACGUGAUCGUCAAGAUCAAAUGUUCAAAUUGCUCCGACACUUGAUACGAUUUGUGCCACGUUUGCCGCAACAGGCAGCCUUUGCGCUAUACAACUCCAUCAUUGGUUACAUAAUGUUCUACGUGCGUUCGUCCAAUGAGCACAAACAGGAGCUUGUCGGUUCAGCUCUUUCGGUGCUUUGGAUGGUGGUUCAUAGCGUGCAUGGUAUUAUGUUCAAGGACCUGAAGCAAAUUUUACGCAAGGAACAAUGUGACGCUUCUAUUUUAUUAACAGCAAAUGUGCCGGCGGCAAAGAAAAUUGUCGUACACGGGCCUACCGAUGACGACUGCAACAUACCCUCGCAAUUUCCAGUGCAAGAGGAUACAUUGUUCUGUCAACUAUUGAAAGAAGCUUUGGACUAUUAUCCGGUGGAUGAAAAGAAUUUAAAUCACUACAGUCUGGUGGAUUACAAAAGCAGCAAAAUACUUAAUCCUAAUUGGUAUAUACGUGAUUUGUACUUCUUCAAACGUUCCCAAUAUCCGGAGGUUCGUUUGAUACUCAUGAAGCCGGAGGAGUCUUUCUUGGCAUUACAAAAGCAGGAGCUCACAAAGAAAUUCGUCGAAAUCGGAAAGGUGCAUCUGACGUGGGCCAUUUUGAAGAAUGUGGAUAUGGUGGUGCAGCGUGUUGUCUUUCUACAUGAGGAACUCAUGAAACUGCCAUCAUUUCCGCGCAAGGCACUCGAAGUGGAUCUUGAUUUACAUCAGGGUGGUGAAUAUGGCAAGGUGCUACUUGGACUUGAUGUGCUGCACAAGUUCAUGUGGGUGCGCUUGAUUGCGCGCAUGUUCGAAGCGAUGGCUGGCAACUUUGCUUACUCCGCCGACAUACAACUAUUCCUGAAUGUGCUUUCCGGUGCAGCAAUUCUGCAUGCUGAAGACUCGUGCAUUAUGCGUUAUGUCAUGGCGACCUAUAUUAAUGCUGCUUUUAAUUUUAAAAACAUAUUCUCAACAAAUGGUUAUUUCAUGAUUAUGCCAACACUGUUACAAGUAUAUUCGCUACAUCAAACCAAUAAACUGAUCACUACAACUAUAGAGUAUGCGGUGAAACAGUUCUAUUUGCUCAAUCGGAAACCGUUCAUAUUGCAAAUGUUCGGUUCGGUGUCAGCGAUACUCGAUACGGACGAGGAAGGUACCUACGGCGAGGCACACAAGGUGCAAUCAAGUUGUCUCUUCAACUUACUCUUGAGUUUAGAGGAUCCUUCACCAGAUCCGCUGAACAUCGCCGAACUUGUGAAGGAGCCCAAGCCGCUGAAAGCUAUAGACUUUUGUUAUCACGAUGAGGACGGCGACGUCACCGUACUGGACUGCAUCACAUUAUGCGUCAUGGUGGUGUCCUACUCCGCCGAGAGCACACGCGGCUACCAAAUGCUGAUCAUAUUGGAGGCUAUUCUUCCUUGCUAUUUACAGCAAAUCCAAUCCCCCAGCUACAUUCCCCUGCAAGGCAAAUCGGAGCGGGACAUCAUUUUGCAACUGGCCGUUGCCAUACGAACUAUGGUACACAAUUGUGAAGGUUUGGCGAAAAGUUAUAAUGGACCAUAUCGCAUUAGUCCGGAACAUAAAGGCUCGUCACAGCGCAAUUGUAGUCGCGGUCCACCCUGCUCGCCCGGCCUUGACUUCGAAGAAGAAUCUCAUUCGAAAUAUGUUAAUGAUCCACGUACGAAAAACAUAAUGGAUUCUGGCGAAGAUUCCGAAAUGAUACGCACCGAAUAUCGUCGACCACGUGAUGUCCUACUUUCGGUAGUCGGUGACUUUCUCAGCAAAUCCAGCACACGCUUACUGGAAUUGUCCAAGAAGCUGCCGAACGACAAUAAAACGUCAGAAGUGCUGGAUGCCAAAUGUCAUAUGCGUUUGGCCGACAUAGCGCAUUCGUUGCUUAAAGUGUCCCCAUACGAUCCUGAGUCUAUGGCAUGCCGUGGCUUACAGCGAUAUAUGCAAGCCGUUCUUCCGCGUGCCGAUUGGUCAAAUGAUGCAUUGCGCAACUCACUAAUCACAAUACUACGACGUGUGGACAAAGUAUUUUUGAAAAUAUCCAAAAAACCUUCGAUUCGACGCAACACCGACUGGGAGGCGGCUGCUGGUUUACUGAAGGGUAUACAUGAGACUGUUGUGCGGCAUCCAUAUGUACUACACUGGCAGCAAAUAAAGACGCUCAUUAGCACAGUGCAAAAUUUGAUUGUGAACGAAGGCACCAGCGCUGGUGAGGGAGUGUCAAGCGCAGGUGCUGCUCUUAUGUCUCAGAAUCCUCCGGCCUUCUUUUGUUCGACGGUGGUACGUUUGGUUGCAUUACAAGUGGUCAGCCCGGUGGAUUGUUUCUCAUUAGUGCAAAUAUGUGGCGGCAGCGAAUUUGCUACGCAAGAGAAGGCCGAAGGUUUUCUAAUGCAUUUGAUUAUGCCACUGUGCUUGAAGGUGUGCUCGGGUCGUGGUGUCUCUGAUAUUGGCGAGCUCAAGAUGACAGAUGUCACGUUCCUGUUGACCGUCGUACUUAAUGCCAUGAGUCCACCGGCGGGUCGCACCGGACAAGCAGUCAUACAGACAAACCGGGUAGGUGGCGAUUUACGCGCUGGUUCACUGACGUUUACCGGCAGUCGUGACGCCAAACGGCCUGCGCGCAUCUCGGGAUCACUUUAUCAGGCCGCGUUUCUGGCACUUCGCAUUGUUUGUAUUUGUUUUGAGAAUCGCUUAUCAAAUGAGUGGCCGCGAAUAGUGCGCGUAAUGCGAGACCUUGGACGCCGAAACGAAGCGGCACCGGAUUUAUGGAGCUUCCUUGAGUUUGUAGUCACACACAGAACGCCACUGUACAUCGCAUUGAUGUCUUUUAUUUUGCAUAAAAUUUCUCAACCCCCCAUUGGUGACCAUGAGCGACAUAUGCAAUUCAUAAUACGAGAACGCCUACGCGGCACUCCACCUCAAGGUGGUAUUAAGUCGAAGGGAGCGCUACUGCUGGAAUUGGCUAGAGAACUGAAGGAUUUAAGAGAUGAGCUUGAAGAGAAGCGUUACGAUCGCGAGUGCUCUGAUCAAAAGAAAACCGAUACGCCCGCCGCAACCAGUACAGCUGAAACACAUAAAUCUCAGCAACGUCCAUCACUUAUUUCAAUAUUCACGGGCACCACCACAGGUCAGGCUACACACUCUCAUGUCUCAGCUGUGCCUAUCGAUUCGCGCAGCGGUUCAGGUGGUAUUUGUACACCCAGCGAUACGCUGUCUCAACAAACAUUGCAUCCGCCCAGAGAAUCACUGUCGAGUAGCUCUACGGGUCGUGACCAUCAUACAAGUGAGAGUCAAAGCGGUGAAAACGCUGCUGGCUCAGCGCCAACAUUAGGUGGUACAGCAGCCGCCGCUACUACUGGCUCCAGUCACGGUACGAGUUCGGCAACAAUCGCUUCCGCGCUUCCUCCGGCAGUCAUGUCACACCUCUCCCAUUCUCAAUCAUUACAACAGGCGCCAUUUAAAGCCCAGCCCCCCAAGUUACGUUUCGUGUCAUCGGUGGAGUUCCGACAUUCGUCUGGAGAGACGUCCACCACGCCACUUUCACCCGAAAGUCCUGCAGAAGAUAGUUCCGGCGAUCACACACGUUCGCGCUUGCAGCGCACAAAAGCAUCAAGUCGCAAAACGUUCCGGUUGAGGCGUAGCCGUCUCACGCCCAUGGAACCACCAAGUAUUGUAACGCAAAUUUCACAAGAAGAGCAUCCGAAAACGAUAGGCGAGAUCUCGUGGGACUCGGUGUCCCAAACUUCGUCCACAUCCGGUUAUCGCGACAACAACAGUUUGCAGACCGGUUUGCUUUCGCCGGAUGGUUCCCUGGGUGGCAUGACACUGGGGCGUUCGCCGUCACAGCAUUCGUUGCUCAUGGUAUUUGAAGGUCACGAUGAAGAUACGCUUAUUUAACAAUCACAGUCUAGCCCGACGCAGACUGAGGAGUGAUGUGAUAGUCCAAAAUGAGAUACUAGCGAAUAUUGU